AUGAGUACGGAGGAUGAUGACAGCGGCCAUGACCAUGAACUCAAAUUACCACAACUGUGGGAUCCAUCAACACGAAUGUUUGCGCUUGAGGAACCCGACCUUUACAGUGAACUUAUUGCUGCUCGAAACCGGGGUGACGCACUCUUUACGUGCUCUCUUCAGCCACUUGCAGAUGAACUUGGACUUGACGAUGAUGACAUGCUGGACCCUCCUCCCGACGAUAACGAAUUUGGACUGUUCUUGGAGGAGGAUCGCAUCAACAAUCAACUGUGCAUGGAUGAUUCCACAUAUCCAUGGCCUUCGAAAGCGACCUUUAUCACAGACCUCCUCUUUGGUUCGACGCGCCUGCGAUUUUCAGAGGCACAGAAAAAAGCUGUGCUUAGUUGGGCACGUGAAAUGGGCGCUCAAAAUGUGCCUACCUUGUAUGCGCUUCGCAAAGCUCAAGAUCAUGUUCGUAGCUGCAUCGGAAAUCCCACUCGCAAGGUUACAGCAUCUUCCGGUAACAUCUUUUAUAUAAACUCAAUUGGCUCCGCAAUCGCUAUGGACUAUUCCAACCCUCUCACUCGCUUCUGCAUGCAGGACUAUCCUGAAGAUGGGAGAGGGAAUAUGUCUCAAGUGCACCACGGAUCGAAGAUGCUGCAUGAGCUUCCCGAAGAACUACUUGUCCCGUCUGUUCGCGUCAACGGCGGUAUCUACUUCCGGAAUGAGCUGCUUCAGUCGACAACUGGAUUCUUUAUUCCUACGCGUUUCUUUCAAGCCAAUAUCUCUAGUUGCGAUGCUGAGCAAGCAUCAUUGCAGGUCCUUGCAUUGGGACAUCCAGUUGUACAGACAGAGGCAGGUUUUGCAGUAGAUCCUGAGCGCAUCAUAUUGGAAGUUUCAUUGUUUCAGCGGACCUACAUAGACUUGCAGGCUGACGUUCAUUUGUGCGGGUUUACAUGUAGGUAA